AUGCGCAGCCGCGCCCUGCGGAGCGGAGGCGUCCCAGGGGACCCGGAAGCUGCCGAUCCCGGCGCGAGUCUACCCAAACGCGGCCGAGUCUAUACUAUAGGCGUGGCUCCCUCGGCGCAGGCGCAGCACCGCCUCCCGGGCAUGCGCGGACGGGCGGCGCAGGCGCAGUGCGGGGGGCCAGCUGCUGGGCGAGGGGCUUCGGGCCGGGGCCGCGCGGCGGGAAGAGAGGUGAGCCCCGCCCCCUCCCCAGCCCCGCCCCCUCGGGGACCCCCCCCCCGGGACCCCCCCCGGCCGGCAGCGGCGCCUCCUCCUCCUCCUUCUGCUGCUGCUGCUGCUGCUGCCAGCCCGUGCGGGAGAGGCUAGGCUGGGUCGGCUGGGGGGGGGGAGAGGGAGACCCCCCACCCCUGGCAGGCCGCCCCCCCCGCUUCCCGGGCCUCUCCUGUUCCCCCCUCCCCAGCCCCGCCCCCUCGGACACCCCCCCCCCGGCCCGCAGCGGCGCCUCCUCCAGCUGCUGCCAGCCCGUGCGGGAGAGGCGGGGGGGGGAGAGGGAGACCCCCACCCCCUGGCAGGCCGCCCCCCACCCCCGCUUCCCGGGCCUCUCCUGCCCCCCCGCCCCAUCCGGGUCCUUUCACCCCGCCCCCCCCCCCCGCCUCGACCCCCCCCCCGCCCCACUGGCACCUGACCCUGUCACGGGGGGGGGGGCUGGCAGUAGGAGCAGGGCCGGAUUGAGGUUGGAACGGCCCUCAGCUCCUGAAGGUAACGGGGCCCUUUCCAGGUCCAGCUGUCCUUUGUCCACAACAAAUGGACCCUGUUUUCUGUGUCAAAUAAACGCUACGCAGUAUGUUCAUUGAUGGACCUCGUAGGCAUCUCAUUGGCACAUCACAGAAUAGGUAUUUUAUCAAAGUAAUUGUAGAAAUCAAAUACUAUAUAUUAAUAGUGAAAUACAAUUAAGAAGAAGUAUAUUAAUCGUGGGGACGCGGGCAGCGCUGUGGGUUAAACCCCAGAGCCUAGGGCUUGCCAAUCAGAAGGUCGGUGGUUCAAAUCCCCAUGAUGGGGUGAGCCACAACUGGACCUAAUGGUCAGGGGCCCCUUUACCUUUAUAUUAAUCGUGCAAUGAUUAUUAAGCUCUAACUUAAAAUGAUUUUUUAUUCAUAGCGAACUUAACAAUGCAAACGCAUUGGCAUUGGGCAAUGACAAAAGUUCCUUUAGAAACACAGUUUGCAAAGACUCAUAAUCUAGUCCCCAGAAACUUGCUAUAAAGUGAAGUAAUAAUAGCAAACCAGGGAUAUUUGAGGGAGCAGGCAGCGCCCAUGGCUUACAUCAUAGGAGCCGACACAACACGAAACACUGUCUCUGUAUGUAGGUUUUAGUUUAUUAGCUUUCAUAUCUUAUAUUUUGGAAAUAUACUUCCAGGUUUUUUGCUUUAAUUUCUUUUGAGGGGGCCCCCAAGAGAGUGGGGCCCUAAGCUAGAGCUUGUUUAGCUUAUACCUAAAUCCAGCACUGCAUGGGGGGGGGCAGCAAUAGGAGGCAGGAUGGGGCUUACAGAUUCUCUCCCCAUCCAAAGUGUGGGUGCUGUUGCAGAAAGCACCUUAUGCCCCCCCUCCCCGAGUUGGGGGGAGCCCUGUAGCAAAAGCCUCUGGUGUUCAGGUCAGACGCUGAGAGACCAGGCAAGUUGCACGUGUGCAGCCCAUGAGGGUCCCCCCCAAAGGGAGGGGGGCUUUUCUCCUUUGAGUGCCCUGGUGGCACCGGAAUGGCUUCCCAAACUGCCAUUGUUUGGCUGGCGUUUGUGCUGCGUUUGGCGUCCUUGGAGACCCCAUGAGGACCAGCAGCCCUUCCUUGCCUGCUCCUGCCCGGGAGCUGUUCCUCCAGAAUGUGGCAGGGCACCUGCCUGGCACGCAGGAAGUCCCGCCUUCAGCCCUGGCAGAAUAUCCAGGAAAACCUGGGACAGAACCUGUCCUGAAAUCCUGCAGAGACGCGACCAUCCAUCAGUGUGGGCAGUACAGUAUUGAGGGACACGGGUGGCGCUGUGGUCUAAACCACAGAGCCUAGGACUUGCCGAUCAGAAGGUCGGCAGUUCGAAUCCCGGCGACGGGGUGAGCUCCCGUUGCUCGGUCCCUGCUCCAGCCAGCCUAGCAGUUCAAAAGCACGUCAAAGUGCAAGUAGAUAAAUAGGUACCGCUCCAGCGGGAAGGUAAACGGCGUUUCCGUGCGCUGCUCUGGUUCGCCAGAAGCGGCUUAGUCAUGCUGGCCACAUGACCCGGAAGCUGUACGCUGGUUCCCUCGGCCAGUAAAGCGAGAUGAGUGCCGCAACCCCAGAGUCAGCCACGACUGGACCUAAUGGUCAGGGGUCCCUUUACCUUUACCACUGUAUUGAGCUAGAUGGGCUACUUGUGUUUGUUUAUUUUGCCAAAGUUAUGCACCACUUGAGUGUAGGAAACACCCCCCACCCCAGGGUUUCACAGAAAAAGAAGACAGGAAAAAUUGAUAACCAUAUGUCUUGGAUGCUUUAACUGAGAUUCCUUCCAACUCAACAGCUCUCUGGUAUAAAAAGUUAAAAUACUGAAACAGAUAAAAAUUCACAUCAACUUUCUAAGCACCUUUAGGCAGCCUUGUCUGCUUGACGUACUUGUACUGAAGGUCUGACUCGGCACAGGGAGGCUCUUUUGCUCUUGUUAUGAACCCCGCCUGCUAGCCUCCCCUUGGGGCGUCUGGUGGGCCUCUGUGGGGACAGGAUCCUGGAUGAGGCGGGUGGUCAGCCUGACCCAGCUGCAUGGCUCUUCUCACGCCCUGAUGUUCCCUUGCAGCUCUCAGAGCCAGCCCAGCCCCCCGGCGCCAUGGAGAAGUUUGGCAUGAACUUUGGGGGCGGUCCCAGCAAGAAGGACCUGCAGGAGACCAUCGAGGUGCAGAAGAAGCAGCUGUUGCAGUACCAGGGGCGCCUGAAGGACGUGGUGCGGGCCUACAAGAGUCUCCUCAAGGAGAAGGAGGCGCUGGAGGCCAGCUUGAAGGUCCUGUCGGUCUCCCACGAGGUGGACGCCGGGCUGGGCAGCGGGGUGGCCCAGCCCCCGGGGGUGGCUGGCUCCUCCAGCCCGGACCUGAGUGAGGACCAGAGCUCGGUCCACAGCGAGGACAGUCAUGGGACAGCUGCCAGUCUGGCCAGCGUGAGGGGGGACCUGGUGGGCAUGGAAGAAGGGACGGUGGCAGUGGCAACCGCAGCCUCUCCCUCGAAGCUGGAGGAGACCAGCAGCUCCGAAAGCAGCGGCGUGAGCUCUGGCAGCGGAGAGCUGAUUGUGGGGGGCACCGGUGAGUCAGACAGGAGGGUCCUGCAGCUGAAGACUCAGCUGGCCACGCUGACCAGCGCCCUGGCCACCGUCACGCAGGAGAAGUCUCGGAUGGAGGCCUCCUACCAGGCCGACAAGAAGAAGGCCAAGCAGGAAAUGGAGAGCGCCAGCCGCAGAGCCGAGGAGGAGAGGAGCCGGCUGGAGGCCGAGGUCAAGGAGGCGCAGGAGCAGCUGGCCGAGGUCAAGGCCCGCCUCAUCGCGCAGCAGCACGACCGGGCGCAGGAGCAGGGCGACCACGCCGUCAUGCUGCGGGAGCUGCAGCGCCUGCUCCAGAGCGAGCGCGCCCUGCGCCAGGAGGCGGAGCUGGGCCUGGAGGAGGCCCGCGAGGCCCUGGCCGGGAAGGCGGGCGUGGCAGACCGGGCGGAGGGGGCCGAGCACCAGGCCCGGCAGCUGGGACGCGAGGUGGAGGAGCUGAGGCGGCAGCUGAGGGCCCUGCGGGAGGAGAGCGCCCGGCCGGACCCGCAGGUGCAGGAGCUGCAGGCCGAGGCGGCCAGCCUGAGGAGCCACUUCCAGGCGCAGCUGCUGCAGGAGAUGCGGAAGGUGAGCACAGGGCAGGGAGUGGAAGGGGCCCUCUCUCCCAAGGGGGUGGGUUUGCCUUCCUUGGGGGGCCACUGUGAUUCCUGCGCUGCAGGGGUUUGGACUACCGUAUUUUUCGCUCCAUAAGAAGCACCCGACCAUAAGACGCACCUAGUUUUCAGAGGAGGAAAACAGGGAAAAAAUAUUCUGAAUCAAAUGUUGUACUAAACUAAUAAACUACUGGUAUAUCAGAGUGAGACUGAGAGGGACAGGAGCUAUAUGUUUGUUUAGCAUGCGUGCUCAAAGAGCCAGCUGAGAUGCUGGGGGAUUUGCGUAAUUUUCCCCUCUCCCUCAUCCCAGUGCUCUCCCAUCCCCAGCAGCCUUCCUGUUUUACCUCCUGGUUUUCACUGCUCUUGUGGCUCAGAGCUCAAGGUUGGGUUUUUGUUUUGUUUUUGCUGCUAGUUGCUUAAAUUUGAUCCUUCCCGACCCAACCCCUCCUGUGCCCUGCCGUCCCUCUGCAGCCUCAUUGCUCCAUUUAGGGAGCGUGCGGACCUUUGCUAGCUGAGGCUGCUGCAGCUGUUGCUGGCUAUGCACCACUUUCAAAAGCGCCUGCUGGCUUUGAAUCGCCUGCCUCCUCCCGGCUCGCUGUAAAGCAAGCAAAGCGAGAGCCUCGUAGAGCAUGUAAGCGGCUCUCACUUUGCUUACUUUUAGAGAGUGACAGACGGGAGCCACAGCUCCUCCUGGCUGUACAGCAAAGCAAAGCGAUGGAUCCAAACUACAAGAAAGAAGAUUCCACCUAAACAUUAGGAAGAACUUCCUGACAGUAAGAGCUGUUUGACAGUGGAAUUUGCUGCCAAGUAGUGUGGUGGAGUCUCCUUCUUUGGAGGUCUUUAAGCAGAGGCUUGACAACCAUAUGUCAGGAGUGCUCUGAUGGUGUUUCCUGCUUGGCAGGGGGUUGGACUCGAUGGCCCUUGUGGUCUCUUCCAACUCUAUGAUUCUAUGAAAGCUAGAGCCACGCAAAGCGGGACAGAAGCCCUGUAAGCGGCUCCCGCUUUGCUUGACUGACGGGAGCCAUGGCUCCGGUCCAGUGCAUUCGCUCCAUAAGACGCACAGGCAUUUUCCCUUUCUUUUUAGAAGGAAAAAAGUGUGUCUUAUGGAGCGAAAAAUACGGUAGAUGACUCAGGGAGCCCCUUCCAGCUCUGCAAGUCUGUGAUUCCCUCCUGAGCGGAGCCCCAAAGCAGGCACAGUCCUUUACCUACAUGGUCCCUUGACUUCUCCUGCUCACCACAGGGUGGGGGUCACUCUUACUGGCCCCCUCCAUGAGGCCUGUGGACGUCAUGCCAGCCUGGAGCCUUUUGGGGGGAAGAGCAGCCUUCGCCAGCCUGGUGGCCUCCAGAUAUUUUGGGCAGCAGCUCCCGUCCUCUGUGGGGGCAGUAGGUUGGCUCAGGCUGGUGGCAUGACUCCCUGGCAGAGCCAAGCGAUGCUUCUUCCCCACCUCCUGGCCAGGCUGGAGAUCCUCCCAGGCAGGUGGAGAAAGCCUUUGAUAGUGUUUCUUGGUCAUUUUCGAUUAAGGUAAUUGAGAAAAUGGAAACAGGUAAUUCUUUCCUGGCUGGAAUUGAAGAGAUCUAUACUGAUCAAUCCACAGAUAUAUUCUUUCGGACAAAUGCCAAAUAGAAAAAGAAAUGAGACAAGCUUGUCCCGUAUCUCUGUUGUUUAUUAUGGCAUUAGAAAUAGUGCUUCGGAAUAUAAGGAGAAAUAGGGAACUUAAAGAUACUGAGGUGGGACGUAGAGUCUAUAAACUUAGGGUGUUUGCUGAUGGUGUGGUGUUGACAUUGGAGCAACCUUUGGAGAGUGUUCCAAAAGCGUGAGAAGAAAUCAAAAGGUUUGGAGACGUGGCAGGUUUUAAAACAAAACCAGGCUGGGUGGGUUCCCGCUGGUCUCAUCCAGCAGCCUCUUCUCAUGUCCUUCUGUUUCUCCUCCCCCCGCAGACGGCUCAAGCGGAGGAUCGGAUCCAGCUGGAGGAGCAGCGGGUGGCCAGCUUGGAGGCCCAGAUCUCGGAGGUCUCUGAACUCCUGGGCACCUACGAGAAAGCCAAGCAGAAGGACCAGCUGGCCAUCCAGAAGCUGAAGGACCGCAUCGCUCAGCUGGACCUGGAGAACAAGACCCUGGCCAUGGCUGCCUCCGGCCGCUCCCCGCUGGACCUCGCGGCCUUCGAGGAGAGUAGCCUGGACGUCAACGUCCUGAAGGACCGCAUGGAGAAGCUGAAGGAGUUGCUGCAGGAAGCCACCAAGCACAGCCCGGCGUCCGCCCAGGAGAUCGAAGCCUUCUGCAGGCUGGAGCCCCCCAAGAGUGGCACGGAGACGGGGGACGGCGAGAAGGCCACCGCGGCCUACUACCAGCAGGAGCUGAAGCAGCUGAAGGAGGAGUUUGAGAGGUACAAGCAGAGGGCCCAGGUGGUCCUCAAGAACAAGUCGGCCAAGGACGGGAGCUUGGCCAAGGAGCUGGAGGCGGCGCAGGAGCAGCUGGCCGAACUGAAGGAGAAGCACGUCGCCCUGCGGCUCUCCUGCGAGGAGGGCGCCCGGCAGCGUCGCCAGGAGGCGGAGGCCUGGCGCCAGGAGGCGGCCCGCCUGCAGCAGCAGCACAGGCAGGAGCUGGAGAGGAGCCAGCUGGGCUUCCAGGAGAAGGUCCUGCGCCUGGAGGAGGAGGUGCACAAGCAGCGCGACCGGGCGCUGGCCGUCCUGGCCGAGAAGGACCAGGAGCUGGAGCAGCUGAGGGCCCUGGUGCUGCCGUACUACGGGCUGCAGGGGCCCAAGCAGGGCCCGGCCCAAGCGGGAGGGCUCCAGAGCGGGGACCCGAAGGGGGACGAGGGGGACGUCUCCCUGGAGACCCUGACGCAGGCCCUGCACCUGGCGGCGCCCAAGGAGCCGGCCUUCCUGCUGUACACGGAGCAGCUGGCCCGGAAGGAGGUGGAGGCCUCGGCCCUGAAGAAGCAGAAGCGCAGCCUGGAGGCGGCCGUGCGGCAGCUGCAGGAGAGGCUCCUGGAGGAGGCUGAGCGGCACCGGGAGGAGGUCUCAGGCCUGCAGGGCCGCCUGCAGAAGAGCGCCCGGGACCAGGGCCGGGAAGGCGCCAACCUGGAGUACCUCAAGAACAUUUUCUACCGCUUUCUGACGCUGACGGACUUGCUGGGGCGGCAGCAGACGCUGACGGCCAUCUUGACUAUCUUGCAUUUCAGCCCCGAGGAGAAGCAGGCCGUGCUCAGCCAGGCAGGGGGCGCAGGCAGCUGGUGGCCUUCAGGGAAGAGGUGAGCCCCCUGGGCUGCCGUGGGGCCGGCUGCUCUGCCCAGAGGGUGCCCAGGUGCCCAGGAGGAGGAGGUUGCGGGUCUGGCAGUUCCUCUACCCGCAGCUGUGGGCUCUGAGCGCCUUUCUGCUGCCAGGAUCCGCCCAAGAGCCAUUUCUUGAAAGGGACCAUGAUCUGGGAGAUGGGGGGAUUUUGAAUCAAGUGGGUUUUUUUGGGGGGGGGUGUCUUCUUUUGCCAACUGGGGGAAUUCUUGCAGGCUGCGUUUGGGGUUUUCUUCUUCCUGCCUCUCAAGCUUCAACUUGGUUUGUGAUCUGUAAAUAAAAAGGACCAGCAACCAGAGACUGUGCUGUGGGCAAAUGCCUCUUGGUCUUUGGGAGCAGGAUGCGGCACGUGGGGCACCCAGGGGUGGAGCUGGGGCGGGGGGGCAGAGGAAGAGGGCCCCUCUCCAGGGUCAAAGGGCUUCUUUGACUUGGGAGGUGGCUCCUUGGGAGCUGGGUGAACUCAGGGAGAGGAGGCCAGCCACAUCAUGGGGGGGGGGGGCAUGUGGCUCUGCUGACCAGGCUGGCCCCCAUCGCAGGAGGGUGGGGGGCAGAGCACCCUGCGGAUUUGCCUGGCGAGGGCUCAGCGCUCGGCAUCCCCACCUGGAGAGGGCCGGGGUGCGUGUGUCGGGCUGGGAAGAGCUCCCUGCCUGAGGUCCUGGGCCAGAGGGGUGGAGAGUUGGGCAAUGUCCCGGGAUCUGAAUCUCACACAGAACCCUCCAGGGUUUAGGCAGUGGAAGCUGCCAUUCCUGCAUUGCAGGGGGUUGGGCUGGAUGACCGCACGGGUCCCUUUCUAAAGUUCUAUGAAUCUGUGAGCAUCUUGCGGGGGACAAGCUCCAGUGGCCGUACUCUGGCUGAACGCCCAGCCCUGGGAUUGGGAAGGCCCCAUUGCGGGUGCCACCCCAUAGCCAGGCCUGCUGCUCUGUGGGUCCAGGGUGGGGGGGCUGCGCUCUGCCGCUUGACGCUGGUGGCCUGGCUUUGUCAAGCAGGGCAGAAGCGGAAAGGAAACAUUUGCCAGCUCUUGGAUUCGCAAUGAAGGUGAAGGAAAACACACGUCAGCCACUUGAGGACGGUUUGGAAAUGCGCUUGGUCCCUGUGGCACUUUUUAUUUUGCAAAACAGCUGUGAUUCCUGCACUUCAGGGGCUGGGCUACAUGAGCCCUGGGGUCCUUUCCGACUCUUGUGAUUCUGCAGUCCCCUGUACCCUCCCAGCUGCUGCGAGGGGCAAAGUGCCUUCAUGGGCCUCUGCUCAUCCUGCACAAUGCCUCUCCCUGACGGCAGGCCCAGCUUUUUCUGCAGCGCUCAGGGCACCUGUGGAACUCCCUGCUGCCAGGUGCCCAGAAGCUCAGCAGCGUUAUCUGGCUUCCAGAAAGGCAAGGCCUCCCUCCUGCCCCCCGAGUAGCAGCUGCCUCAGAGGCUCCUCAUCCCUGCAGCAAGAGCUGCCCCCAUACACACAUUCGCAUAGCUAAAAGGGCCUCUUUCUAUGGGGCCACGUGGGAACUGUGUGGUUGGGCUGGAGCCCAGGAGACCCUCGUCCCUCACCCCUCUGCAGGCCCCUGGCUGAUGUCCUGCAUUCCUUUGGUUUUCUUUGCCUCCUCCGGGGAAACUGAGGACCACCCUGCCCAUUGGCUGGCCUCCUGUGAUGUCACGAGGUGUUCCCCUGCGCAGGGACCUGGGAAGGUUGCAGCGGGGUGGGGACAGCGAGCAGCCGUGUCUGGGUGGGGGGCUAAGCAGGACCCCUCUUCCUUGGCAGACUGGCGAGCCAGCUACUGGCACGCGAAAAAGUCUUCAUUCUGUGGGUGGGCGGGCAAUUUGCUGCACAGGGCCUCCUCCCCGGAAGACAUGAAGGGGUAGCAGUCCAGCAGGGCAGGGAGGCGGUUGGGGGCUUAGCAAGACGUGCCAAGCAAGGCUUUCAAUCUCUGGGUGACCUUUGCCCUUCCUGAAACCCUCCCCUGCUUCAGGUUUGAUCUGAAGCAUUCUGUGCCUGAUUGCUCUCAAGGGGAAACCGAGGCAGGGCUGCUGCUAGCCGGGGGAGAGCUGCCUGCUGCUCUUUCUCCCCACAGGAAAUUGCCGGCCUCCUCCGACUCCUCCCUCUCCUCUGCUUGGGCAUGAAGUGGCGCAGCUCUUACCUGGCGGCUGCUGCUUCCUGCUCCUGAGCCCAAGGAAAACACCUUGUGCAAACAAAGUCAGCUGAGCGGCUGGUGGGGAAUUUCCCUGGGCAGCGGAGCCCGCAGGGAGGGCAGGUGGUGCUCUGUGGCCCCUCCAGCCGUAGCCCCACCAUGGCCGAGCGAGGCAGGAGUGGAGCUGCCCUUCCGGACGAAGAGGUACCCCCCCAUUCACCCCCCCACCUCACCCCGGGCAACUUUCCUGCUCCUCCGCCCACCCUUGGCUUGGGAGGAAUCUGCCUGGCGUGCCUUAGCCUGCCUGGCUCCGGCUGGGAAAGGCAGCCCCAUAGCCUGGGGGCAAGGUGGGUCCUCUAGCAGGUGGGCCCAGAGGUGUCCAGUGGGGAUGGGGGGGCAUACCUGGUUUAGCCACUCUGGUGUCUCUCUGCUGGGAAAAAUGAAAUCUGCUAGCCUCAGGGACUUCCUGAAUUUCUGUUCUUCGCCUGACCUAAGCAGUUUCCCAGGGCAAGAGGGGGCAGGAGCUGCGGGGCGGAGGGACGACCACCACGUCCCCAUUUGUGUCUUCCUCUGGCUUGGCAUCUCUUGGUUUGUGGAAACAUGCAGAGGAAGAGACCGGCUGCUGUGGGGCUGAGGUGGCCUCAGCUGCUUCUCUGCAGGGACCUCCUUGGCCCCCAUCCUGGUGGGACCCCCACCCCACCUUGGGGUCCUCAUCAUGGACAUCUGGUGAAUUACGGGGAACAGCAAACUGGAAAGGUGGGGGGGGGACUCUCAGCAGUCUAGUCACACCUUGACUGGAGUGCUUGUGUGGGGCACCUCCUAACCUAGACCUCUUGCCUGCAACCUCUAGGUCUUGGCCUUGGCGUGGGUCUGCCUGGUUGCCCUGGCUCUCAGGUGAGUGGCCAAAGACCACCUUUCCCUCCCUCCUUCCCUCCAGCCGGUCCUCUCCUCUGCCCUCCAAGCACAAGGGGAGCAGCCUGACCCCCUGUUGCCCUCCUCCUGGUGGGAUCUCCAGCCCCAUACUCUGUGGGUCGCAGGGAAUCCAGGUAGCUUUCAGGGGGCCUUUGAUGGUAGGGGGUGAGCAAGGGCACCCACAGGCUGUGCCCUUUGCCUGGGUGGGUCCUGGCUACUCGUCUGCCCGCCAUGGGGGGAGGGGGCGCCUGCAGAGUCCGCUUGCCUUGGCACCCCCCUCACCCGCCUUCUCUGGAGGCACCCGAGGGUGUCAGGCACAUCUGAGUCCAUAGCUGUCAACGUUUUCCUUUUUUUAAGGGAAAUUCCCUUAUUCCGAAUAGGAUUCCUUGCAAGAAAAGGGAAAAGUUGACAGCUAUGCAUCUGACACCAGCAGUUGAGGGCAGAGCAUAGGAGUCCAAGCUGCUCCUCUCCAAAUCCAAAUUUGGAGGAAAGAGGGAGCAGCCGGCCUCCCUCCCCAGGACGUGACAGGCCACACAAAAGACUUGCCCGGUUCUUGGGGGCUGCCUCCUCUGCUCAUGGGUAGGCGAUGGAGGGGGAGCUGGGUGGGGUGGGGGUUCCCCUGUCCCAAGCGAGAGCCCAGCUGACUCCUGGCCGUCUUUGUCUUGCAGCCUGCUGGGCAGCGGUUCCAUUGUGGCUGCCUCCCUCCUCCGAAGGCGAUGCUGCCAGGAUCAGGUCUGCCAGGGUGGGGUUUCCGACGCAGCCCCCCCCAUGCUUCGCCACCCGGGGCAUUGUUCUGCAGGAGCCCCCUGGGCGCACGGGAGAGUCGCUUGCAUUUGACAAGGGCUCUUCAAAAUCCUCACCUGAGUGCUGCCACCAAAGAGAGCAGCCUGCAAGAGGAUGGGCUGGAUGGGCUCAGAGCAAUCUGGGAGCCCCUCCCCCCAAGCUCCCCAUCCAGCCCAACUUAAAGUGGGGGGAGAGGGAGACUUUGAAGGGUUAGGGUUGCUGUAUUUCAAAACGUGAUAAUCCAGACAGAAAAGUUGUCAAGCUUUUCCCCAGAUGUCUAGAUUGUGCAGCAGGCUGAGCUCUGGGAAGGGGACAAGAGAAGCCGGGAGGGGGGCACUUCCCAGCCUGCCUGACCUUUGAGUCCCCUUCAAUCUGCAUGGGUAGGCAAAUUAAGGCCCAGGGGCUGGAUCCGGCCCAAUCGCCUUCUAAAUCUGGCCCAUGGACGGUCAGAGAAUCAGCGUGUUUUUACAUGAAUGUGUCCUUUUAUUUUAAAUGCAUCUUUGGGUUAUUUGUGGGGCACAGGAAUUUGUUCAUUUCCCCCCCCCCAAUAUAGUCCGGCCCCCCACAAGGUCUAAGGGACAGUGGACCGGCCCCCUGGUGAAAAAGUUUGCUGACCCCUGGUCCAGAGGGUGGUCUCUGGGUGCAGGGGGGCAGAGGGGUCCUGCCGGUUGCUGGUCUGGAGCUGGCCCUGACCCCUUGCUCUCCCCCCAGCUCUGCCCGCUCUUCCUCCUCUCCCUGGCGGAUCUCCUGGGUGCCUCGGCCCUCCUCUCCGCAGCUGCCAUCCAGCUCCUUCCACCGCGGCUCUUCGUCUCGGCCUACCAAGCCUGUCCCUACCUGCUGAUGCUGGGCCUGGUAAGGCAGCCGUCGAUCUGCCCGGCAGGGGCGUGUGGCAGCCGCCUGUCGCACCAGUGGGUGGCAUGGAAUGCAGUCAGCUGCCUUGCUCUGAGCCAGCUCAGAAUUACCUGCCCUGACUGGCAGCCACGGCUCUCCAGGUUUUCAGGCGGAGGAGUCUCUCCAAGCCCCACCUGGAGAUGCUAAGGGGGAUUUGAACCCAGGACCUUCGGCUUGCAAGGUGGCUCUGCCACCCCUUCCUGGGGUCUCAUGGCUGCCCCCCUUGCUGAGAGCUUGACCCAAGUGAGUCCUGCCAGUUCCUGCAGACAGACGGAUGGGCAGCCUCCUGGCUCUGGAACCAGCCCACCAGCUCUGCCCAGGUCAGGGCGCCCCCUGCCUUGUUCCAGAGCCAGGUUCGCCCCCUCUGUCCCCUGCCAGGCCCCUCUUGGCGCUCACCUGCCCUUGCCCUGCCUUCCUCUUCCCCAGAUGUUCUACGCCAUUUCUCUGCUGAUGGUCGUCGUCUAUGCCUACGAAGUGAAGCGAGCUCUGGGGGGCUGGAGGGAGGCCCCUUCCUCUGCCCUGCUGCAGGUAGGAAGGGCGCAGGGCCCCUGCCUGGCCUCUGAGAGCUUAGGAGGGACCCCAAGAGUCAUCUAGUCCAGCCCCUCGCAAUGCCUCAAUCAAAGCCAAGAUGGCGGAGGGUCUCCUCACCAAACGUGAGGCUUCUUCUACCCAUUGGCAAUGGGAGUUCCUGCAUUUCCGCUGGGGUCCUCCAGGUUUUUUGAGCCCCAGGCACCCUGCUGGCCGGCACUGAUGGGAGUUGUAGUCCAACAUGCCUGGAGGGGGGGCACCAGCCUGAGCAAGGCUGCGCCAGGGGGGUGCUGGCCAGCCUUGGAGAGGGGGCGUCUGCAAGGACUUGGGCUGCUCCUUCUAGGGCAGGGGUCCCCAAACUAAGGCCCGUGGGCCUGAUAAGGCCCGAGGGACUCGUUUAUCCGGUCCACGGUGACCCCCGCUGCCGUUGCCCGCUCUUACUGGCACUGCACUGUGCGGCUGCCCACUUGCGGGUCGGAGGAGCACCGGAAAUAGCUUGUGCGCAUGCGCAAGCGUUAUUUCUGGUGCACAUCCGGGUCGGAGGAGGUCCAUGCACAUGCGCACAAGCUAUUUCUGGUGCUCCUCCAACCCGGAAGUAGCAUGUGGGCACGCGUAUGGGCACAGGCUCCCCUGCCCUCCGGCCCACUGCCCGAUCGGCGCUGGAGACACCGGCCCAAGGCACAGUAAGUUUGCUGACCCCUGUUCUGGGGCCUGGCUCCAUAGAGGGGGCCUCCGCCCAUGGGUGCCCAAGAUGCUCUGGCUGGGCAAGGCUCUGGCAGAGGCCCCUGCCCAGUUGGGGGAGGCUCAAGAGGCUGGGGGGCACCUGGGGGAGACACAAGCAGGAGAAAGGGGGACUUGGGUGAUUCCCGGCGGGUGUUUGCCUUUGCUAAGGAGGCUGCCUUCCUCUCAGCUGCCGUCUCUGUUUCCCUCCAAGGAGGAGAGCGGCAGGUUCAACGAGAGACUCCGAAUAAAUCUGCCCCGUCUCUUGGCCUGGUAGGUGCAACUGACUGGCGGGGACUGUCCUGCCACCCUUUCCCUUUGGGAGGGGGCCCUCUUGGCCCCUGGAGGCCACACGAGGCGAAGCCACCUCUCAGCCCCACUGCCUCUGAGCCAUCUCCUUCCACAACACCCCACCCUGUGUCUUCUCGCAAUAAAGGCUGCUCCCGUUCCUGGUCUUCGUGGUCCUGCUGGUGAUUCGAGGCUCAUCCCUGAGAGAUGUGGCACCCUGGGCCUUCCCCCCAUUGGCGUUACAGGCUGGCAACGGCUCGCGAGGGUCCCACGGCCUCUACUGCUCCAGGUAGAACCUGCCCCCCUUCCUCUCCCUUGGGAUGGGGUGGGAUUUUGCAGAGGAGGGUGGUCUCUUGCGUCCAGCUAGCCAAACCCUCCCACUUUCCUUCCAGCUGCCUGAUCCUCAUCCGCCACUCGCAUGACACCUGCUACAAGGUACUGCCCCCCCCCAGUGCUUCCUCCAUCAGCUGCUUCCUCUCCCUGUUGGUCUGGGAUGCCCUUUCUUGGACCCCACCCCCAUCCUUUAGGGGCACAAGGUCCCUUAGUUCUGGGUGAAGGGGCCCCCAGCAACAGCAGGGUUGUGGUGCUGUGAAACCAGCUGCCCCCCCCAGCUCCCCUGGAGGACCAGACGGCCGUCCCAAAGGCUGCCUCCUUCACCUCCUUCUCAGGUGGUGAUAGUGCCCAGAUAUUGGCAUGGGGCUAGUCUCAUGGGGUCCCAAGGAUCAUCCAAACUAACCCCAAGCCCCCUGAAUCUCUGGUUGAACUUGGGGAGGUUUGUUCCCCUUCCAUUUCCAGUAUUCCUCCUGGCAGCAUCUCUCCUGUCACAGGAGAGCAGGAACUCGCUGCCCCCCAAAACAGAGGGUGAUGGGAUUCUCAGGAGACCCUCCUGUCCGCCUGGGCAGCUGAGCCCCAAUAGGGGUGGGCAAAGUGCCCCCAUGGGCUUCAGAGGCUCUUUCCAGAACACUUGCAGAAGGGCCACGGGGCCUGUUUCCAUGGGGGGGGUUACCCUUGGACCCCACCCGCCAGUGUUGGCCCCCUUACUGAGGAGCUUCCCCCCUCCCCUCCCAGUACACAGGCAGGAACGACUCUGGCAAAGAAGUCAAGAUCUUCUUUCUCGUCUUCGUCUCUCUGGUUGUCGCCUGCUGCACAGUAAGUGUGCCCGUCCGUCCGUCUGCCCGUGUAAGUGUGGGCAUCCACCAGGGCCUGUUUAUUUAUUUUUGAAAUAUGCUGAGAGUGGAUUUCAUGCUCUUUAUUCAUCUCAUAGUAGUGAGGAAUGGAAGUUCCCCUGAGAUGUCUGCUUUAUAUACAUUAUUUACGCAAUGGGCCGCACGUGAUUGGCUAAUUCCGGGAUUCACCUGUAGACCAAUCAGGUUGUGGAUUCACUUCCACCUGGAGCUGGAUUGGGUGACUCCUGCGGACCAAUCAGACUGCUGCAUUCUGGAUCCUAUUGUUCUAGGACCAAUCAGACUGCUGCAUUCUGGAUCCUAUUGUUCUAGGACCAAUCAACCCCCCCCCACUCCCGCAAUACACAAAUCCACCCUCAUUAAACGUGAACAUAACAUACAAUAAGGAAACAACCAAAUAAGAGACUUCCUUUAUCCUGUAUCUGGCCUCCUUAUUUACUUCUUAUAAACUGUUUCCUUUAUGAAUAAUUAUUUAGAUUUUUCUAAUUAUAACUUAAAUAUCCACAAAGUCUCCUGCAGACAUUAAUCAAAACAAGUCCAGGUAUUUUAGGGCACUGUUUUGUGAAGUAUUCUCUGCAUUUUCCCCAUGCUUUUUGAAACUCUCGUCUAGUGUGAUCUCUACUAAUUGCCUCUGUUAAUCUAGCCAGUUCAAUAUACUCUUAACAGUUUAUCUUGCCAUUCCAUUUUUGUUGGCACAGUUUCUUUUUCCCAGUUUUUAGCAGUUAGGAUCCUUGCCGCUCCUGUGGCAUAGAGAAAUAUUUUCUGAUCUUCUCUUGUUAUACCUGUGUCCGUUAUCCCUAGUAGAAAAUCUUCUAUAUUUUUCAUAAAAUUAUACUUAAACAUUUUCUUAAGCUCGUCAUACACUGUGUUCCAGAAGCUUUUGAUUUUUCCACAGGUCCACCAAACAUGUAUAAGUCUCCCCUCUGUUUUACCACACCUCCAGCACAGAUUUGUUUUUGUCUUAUACAUUUUAGCUAUUUUGGUAGGUGUUAAGUACCAUCUGUUAAACAUCUUGAUUAGGUUUCCUCUCAAUACUUCACAGGCUGUAAAUUUCCAGUUCUUUCUCCAUAGUUCUUCCCAUGCUGUUAAUGGUUUUCCCAAUAUCUAAAACCCACUUGAUCAUUACCUCCUUGGCCUGUUCAUCUUUGACCUCCCACUCCAAUAAUGUAUCAUACAUUUUUUAUAUUACCUUGGUUUUGUUUUUCUAAUAAUGAAGGUUCGUUUUAGAAACCUUUUUUUCUUAUCUGUCCUGAACACUUCGUGCAAUUGAUGGUAUUGGAUCCAACCUGUAAGGUGUUGUUUAAUUUCCUCAUCUUCCUAAUCUUUAAUUACCAAUUUAAUGUAUUUUUCCUUAAUCAGAUCUUUAUAUGUGGCCCAUUCUAACUCCAUAUUUUUCUUUUUUAUUGUAAUUGCUUCUAGAGGUGAUGCCCACCGUGGUGUUUUCGGUUCUAGGAGAUUUUUAUAUUUUGUCCAUGUUUUAUAUAAUGAUUUCCUUAGGACAUGAUUCAUAAAUCCCCUGUGUACUUUCCCUUUUUCAUAAGCUAAAUACGCAUGCCAACCAUAAUGAUUAUUAAACCCUUCUAGAUCUAACAAAUCACCGCCUUUUAACUUUACUUACAUUUCAAUGCAGGCAGCAAAUACGUCAAAAGUAUUUUACUCGGGUAAAAAUGGAGCCUGGUCUGAGGCCCAUUCACUGGCUGACCAAAUGACCCGCUCUUCUUGGCCAGGUGAAUGGGCAUGCCAAUGGGGAAAGAGCCCAGAGAAGGGUGGAGGGUCUGAGUUCUGCCCCUUUCCUUGCCCCUAAUGGCUGCCUCCCGCUGCCCCUGGCCAGGUCCUCUACUGCAGGGUGAAGUGCUGGUGUCGCCGCAGGCAGAGAGGUGGCCGCACCCUGACCCUGCCAUCUCCGGAGAGUGACGGCUGUGCCAUCAGAACCCGCAUCGCCUGCUUCUUCCAGCUGGUCUUCCUGGUCUGCUGGAUGCCAGGUGAGUGACCUAGGAGCCUUGUCUCCGUAGCACCGCUGAGAGACUGCUUUGGGGCCACUUGCCUUCCACGUUGCAAUACUUGGGUCUGAAGACAUGGAAAUCCAGCCUCAAGUCAUCUUCGAGGGGACAGAGGCAGACUCUCUUCUUGUUUGGCAAGCGUGGAGACCUCCAAGUUAAGCCUCAUCACUUACCUCCAGGUUUCUGAUGUUUAUUGAAUGAGUCGAGAACUCUCAAGACACAUUGUCUAACAACUACUCCCCACCCUUGGGGUGGAUCCCCACAUCAGAUACAGACCCUGAGAGCUUUCUUUGGGCUGCUGGGGGCGGGGAGAGUCUCUGGAAGCCAGCGUGGUAUUGUGGUUAAGAGCGGUGGACUCGUAAUCUGGUGAACCAGGUUCGCUUCCCCACUCCUCCACCUGCAGCUGCUGGGUGACCUUGGGCCAGUCACACUUCUUUGAAGUCUCUCAGCCCCACUCACCUCACAGAGUGUUUGUUGUGGGGGAGGAAGGGAAAGGAGAAUGUUAGCUGCUUUGAGGCUCCUUUGUUGUUGUUGUUGUUUAGUCGUUUAGUCGUGUCCGCCUCUUUGUGACCCCCUGGACCAGAGCACGCCAGGCCCUCCUGUCUUCCACUGCCUCCUGCAGUUUGAUCAAACUCAUGGUGGUCUCUUCAAGAACACUGUCCAACCAUUGAGGCUCCUUAGGGUAGUGAUAAAGCGGGAUAUCAAAUCCAAACCCUUCUUCUUCUUCUGAUCCAUCAGGUGGCAGGCGGUUUCCCCCCAGCGCAGAGACAAAGACCGCCCAGUUCAAUUUUAAAUCAGGGCUAUUAUGGGGUGUGUCUGCCAAGAUGGGCAGAGGGAUCAGCACCCAGGCAGAGGGGAUCCUGGAGGUUUGCUAAGUUGCCGCAUGUUGGCUGAACCCAACAUUUCGAACUGCGGAAAUACCUGGAAAAGGUGUAAAUGGAAGGAGCUCCCUCCCCCCUCCUCCCCAGAUGCCCCGUGUUUGUGCAUUUAUAGAAUUGCAGGCUUGUAGGGACCCCAAAGGGUCAUCUAGCCCAACCGCCCGCCCUGCAGGAAUCACAGCUGGAGAGUCCCAGAUGGGUGAGCCACCAAGGCAGGAGGGUCUGGCACCUUCCCAGAGAGUCUGUUCCACUGGCAAAGAGUAGUUCUGGGUUCCUUGGUGAGGGAGGGGUCAUGGGCGACAGGAGCCACCCUAAGCGGAUGGAAGAAAGAACUUGUUCCCUGGUGGCAGACAAAGGCCUUUUCAGGGUGGAGGGAGAGAGGGAAGGCUUAUAGGAACUCUGCUCUGCCAGAGGCCAGCUCCAUCUUUCGCCCAGCUGAGCACCCGCUUGGUCACCGAGGGAGAAAAGGUGGCCGUGAUCCCAAACCGUGAGCUACAUUCUCAGGGGAUGGUGACUCAGCAGGUGUAGGGAUAAUCGCUGGGUCCGGAGGGAGGACACUCCCCACCUGCAGGCAGCCUCAGUCUGCCUGCACGUGUGACCUUGGGGUGCAGGGCACACUCCGCCACAGACAAGCCACCGCUGUCUGAACACCGUUCCCUCUGUCUAACCUUUUGCCGUCUCAGCAGUCUGCGGUGCCCUGUCUGUAAGCUUUGUCUCGGAGACCUUUUGUCUCCUUUGUCAUACACUGUGCAAGGGGAAAAUGACGCGGUGGAAACAGGUUCCAAAAUAACUUUGUACCACCCCACGAUCUCAGGACUGGAAGAUGUGUAAAGGUCACAGCCCCAAAUGUAUCUGCCUGGGUUUGCAUAUUUGUGUCAAUAAAAGGAGCCUCCACAGAGCUGGCCGGCAGCUUGCUUGCAGCUCACCUGUGCGCAGCUCACCUGCAUUAUCAACUCCUGCCUCAUGUCCAUCACUUCAACCUGGGGCCAGGGUGCCCCCUGCCAGCCUGGUGACCUUGGCCAGGAAAAGUGACGUGGCCCCUUCUUCUCUCCUUCCCCCUCAGCUUUCUUCCUGUGCCUGCUCUCCUUCUCCAGUCUCCAGCCGGCCAUCCUCUUCCCUCUCUACUUGGCUGUGGUGAGUGACGGGGGGGGGUCCUUGGAGGGGCUGAAGCAAAUGCACUGGUCUUGCCUCGGCUCCUGGACUUCAGUGCUGGCGAAGGGAGGGGCUCCCACUUAUGUCACCCCUUUCCUGCAGAGCUGGCUCCUUUUCCAAACGCCCUCCCUUGUGGCGUGUUCCCUCAGCCUCCUCUCCUCUCCCCUCUCCUUGGGAGUCCCCUGGGCAGCCGCAGCUGCCGCCCCUGGUCUCUGAGCUGUCCCCUCCUGCCCCAGAGAGAGGUGCCUCCUCACACUGCCCCACAGGGGCUUGGGAUGCAACCCCUGGCCAGCCCUAGAGGUGCCAUUUGCCUGCGGAGCUUAUAGUCAGUGUUGUAAACAAAAUCUGCCCUUUUUCCCUUAUGGGGUAUCCAAGAGUCCUUAAGUGGGUUCUCCAUCGGUAGGAGAAAAUAACUGAGGCCAACCAGAGAAUAUUGAGAAGCAAAGCAGCUAGUAAGCCUGAUCUUUAUUGAUCUGCUGCAACAGGGUGCUCCCCUGAGGAGGACCCCCAACCAAGGCGUGCCAGCCCAUAUAUAGACAUUUUAAAUUCCCCGCCCUGGAGCUCAAGACCCCUCCAUACAUCACAGAAGGGGUGUAACCCCAGACCACCCCCCACAAACAUCAUACCUACAUCACAGAAAAGACGGUCUACAACAGAAAUGUGAAUGUUGUUGUUUUUCCUGCCUGCCAGGUUUUCUGAUAAUGCCUUAUCUGAUUGCCUUUCCUGGUAGUCUGGCCAUUCCUUUGAAAUGGUGAUUACUAAAUUCCUGUAAUAAGGAAGGUUUUUUCACCUCCUCCCUCCUUGCAGAGAAACAUUUGGCCAGCUGGGGGGUCAAAAUGGUUUCAGGACUGUCUUCCUGUGCUGCUUCAGACAUGUGGUUUAUAUAUUUAUGCAUGUGUUUGCUUGGUACAUUUAUGAACAUUUAAUAUAUAUCUAAGACCUUAAAAUUCUUAUUACACCAGGGCUGCUGCAACAAAGAGCUGUGCAAGAGAUGUGAGAGGGCAUCUGAGGAGGGAGGGAAGGACAGAAGGACAGAGGCCAGGUUGCCUGAGGCACCCCUGCCCAUCAUUCAAGGCACCCCCGGGUGCCACAGCACACUGGUUGAAAACCACUGAUCUAACCAAACAAAGCCAUGCGGUGGUCAGCCACAGAAAUGCCAGCAGAGCAAUCCACCAGAGGCGGCCUUGGAUACUUUAAGUGAUUGCAGGAUUGCAAGUGGGGUCUCAACUCCCUGGAUCUCUGGGCCCCCGUGAAGUUUUCCCCCUCCCCAGCCUCCCCUUGCUCUGCCAGAGCACACCCGUCUCCCCCCGAGAUGCUGAAGCUGCUGGAUUUUGCGCCCCCCCGUAAGCGUAACGCCUCCUCUUUUCCCUUUCUGCAGGCCCUGACCGUCUCCCUGCAAGGCUUCUUGCACAGCCUGGUCUACGGGUGGCUGCGGCAGAACUUCCGCCGGGAGGUGACCGGGGAGCAGAUGCCCCUCCUGGGCCACCAGGGCCAGAAAGCCUUUUUCGAGGACUCCCUGGCCAUAUGCAGGGAGGGCUGA